GUGGGGGGAGCACCCCACGCCCAGAUCCCUGCAGCUCAGGCACAGGUUCCUACCGUUUCAAAUAUUUUCUGCCAGAAUGAAACUAAGCACUCUCCCCACAUGGUAGCUGGAGGGAGGGGGUGUCUCAGCCCUGCCCUGGUCAUCACUAGGGUGGACUUGAAAUGAGUACAGGUUUUGGGGACUAUUGCUAAGACCCCAAAAACCCUUCUGGUCUCCCAUAUCUCAAGACUAGAGGAAUGACGGCCAAGCAGAAAAGAGAACAAGUUUGGGGGAUGGGAUGGUAGCUUUAAGAUCCAGUGCCUCCCAGGUAUGGUGGCUUAUGUCUUUAAUUUUAGCGCUUGGGAGGCAGAGGCAGGUGACUCUCUGAGUUUCAGAGACUUGGUCUACAUAAUGAGUUCCAGGCCUGUCAGAGCUACAUAGUGGGACCUUGUCUCAAAAAACAAACGCAAAACAACUCUUGCCUUUGCUCCUUCCUUUCCAAGAAACCAUAGCAUAAACCAAACAGUGGGGGUCCAAGUCUUACUGGGUGCAGCAAGGAGAGUUGGAAGCCUUGUGUGGGCAAAGGGACCAAAGCCAGGAGAGAAAGUAAGGUCUGAGCUCCUCACCUGGGCUGCGCCCUCGACCACGCCUCCAGCGUGGACAGGGCGGGGCGAGCUGAACCGAGACUGCAGGGGCGGGGCCGCUGUCGCUCGGUACGGGCUCUAUGCGGCCAGACUGGUCAUGAGUCGGGCCCUUUAAGGGCCGCUCCCGAGGAGGUGCCAGGCUCCAAUCUCUUCUUCCUGGUUGUGCGAAGGCAGGGACUGACCGUAUAGUUGUGGGAGGGGUCGUGCCGGGUGCUCGCCCAGGUGUUCCUGGCCUGCCUGCCUUAUGGCGCUGGUCACAGUGAGUCGCUCGCCACCGGCAAGUGGCCACUCCACGCCUGUGGGACCCACGCAGGACCGAGUGAUAAGACGCAGAGGCCGGCUCCAACGCAGGCAGAGUUUUGCUGUUCUCCGAGGGGCUGUCCUGGGACUUCAGGAUGGAGGGGAAGGGAAUGAUGCAGCUGAGGCUGACCCUGAGCCAAUGGAGAAGCCCUCAGGUGAGGAGCAGCCCGCUGAGGACCAGACUGACAACGGGCAAGGGUCCCAGAGUCCCUGGAAACAAGUGCAGAAGCGGCACCUGCACCUUAUGGUGGAGCUGCUGAGGCCACAGGAUGAUAUCCGCCUGGCAGCCCAGCUGGAGGCAGCCCGACCCCCAAGGCUUCGCUAUCUGCUGGUAGUGUCCACAGGAGAGGGUCUGAGUGAGGAGGAGACCAUCCUUCUUGGGGUGGACUUCCCUGACAGCAGUUCCCACAGCUGCACCCUGGGCCUGGUCUUGCCCCUCUGGAGUGAUACCCAGGUGUACCUGGAUGGUGAUGGGGGCUUCAGUGUGACAUCUGGUGGUCAGAGCCGAAUCUUCAAGCCUGUCUCUAUCCAGACCAUGUGGGCCACACUGCAGGUAUUGCACCAGGCAUGUGAGGUGGCUCUAGGCAGUGGCCUUGUGCCUGGUGGCAGUGCCCUUGCCUGGGCCACUCACUACCAGGAGAAACUGAACUCUGACCAGGGUUGCCUCAAUGAGUGGAUGGCCAUGUCUGACCUGGAGUCCUUUCGACCACCUAAUGCUGAGCCUGGACAGUCAGUGCCGGGGUGGGGGGCUUCAGAACAAGAGCAGAUGGAACAGGCAAUCUUGGCUGAAUUGUGGCAGGUGUUGGAUGCCAGUGACCUGGACAGUGUUACGUCUAAAGAGAUCCGUCAGGCCCUGGAGCUGCGUCUAGGAUGCCCUCUCCAGCAGUACCGUGACUUUAUUGACAACCAGAUGCUGCUGCUCAUGGCCCAGCAAGACCGGGCCUCCCGCAUCUUCCCCCACCUCUACUUGGGUUCUGAAUGGAAUGCUGCCAACCUGGAGGAACUUCAGAGAAACAGGGUAAGUCACAUCCUGAACAUGGCCCGGGAGAUUGACAACUUCUUCCCCGAACGAUUCACCUAUCACAAUGUACGUGUCUGGGACGAAGAGUCAGCACAGCUGCUACCCCACUGGAAGGAGACACAUCGAUUCAUUGAGGAUGCCAGAGCACAGGGCACUCGGGUGCUAGUCCACUGUAAGAUGGGCGUCAGCCGUUCUGCUGCCACGGUACUGGCCUAUGCCAUGAAACAGUAUGGCUGGGGCCUCGAGCAAGCCCUGAUCCACGUGCAGGAGCUCCGGCCCAUUGUACGCCCCAACCCUGGCUUCCUGCGCCAGCUACAGACCUACCAGGGCAUUCUGACUGCCAGCCGGCAGAGCCACGUCUGGGAGCAGAAAGUGGGUGUGGUCUCCCCAGAGGAGCCCUUGGCACCUGAAGUUUCUACACCAUUGCCACCUCUUCCACCAGAACCAGGGGGCAGUGGAGAGGGGAUGGUUAUGGGCCAGAAAGGAAGCCAGGAAACCCCAAAAGAAGAGCUUGGACUGCGGCCCCGCAUCAACCUCCGGGGGGUCAUGCGCUCCAUCAGUCUUCUGGAGCCCUCCUCAGAGCCAGAGAGUACCACAGAGGCUGGAGACCUGCCAGAAGUUUUCUCUUCUGAUGAAGAACCUCUUCAUCCCUUCUCUCAGCUUUCAAGAGCCAAAGGUGGCCAGCGGGUCUGCAAGGGACCUUGGCCUGCCCUGAAGUCUCGACAGUCUGUGGUUGCCCUUCAUAGUGCUGCCCUGGUGGCUAGCAGGGCACGAGCCUUCCAGGGGCAAGGGCAAGGGCAGGGCCAAGAGCAGAGGGAGACUGGUACAUCUUCUACACCUAGGCUCCGGAAGGUGAUAAGGCAGGCCAGUGUAGAUGACAGCAGGGAGGAGGGCAAGGCCUGAGGCCUUAUGCCAUAUCCCCACCUAGACACUAAGCAAUGAUUGGUCACUUUGCAUUGGGCCUGCACACUCCCUAUAGCUCCUUCCCAGCAGUCCUCAGACCCUUGUCACUUCCUGCAACCUUAGGUCUCAGACCCAUGUCUACCUGUUAAGGGCUCAAGACUUUUUCUACAUAGGGUAUGGGUUAGAACCAUUCAAGGUGCCUUUAAGGGUAACAACACCCUAGUUUCAUUUUACACUCACUCUCUUAACACUUUGUGCAGCCCUGGAAUUAAAACCGGAAAUUUUUAGGGUGGGUUUUCUAGUUCACAUCUCCCUUGCUCUCAACUGCUGGCCAUUCCACCCUGUGUCUUUUACCCUCUCCUACCGCAGUCCUACAGGCAGCUAGGCCAGGGAACCAGUGGCCACAAAGGCAGAUAGCACUUUCAGCCCCCAGUCCCACAGGCUCUGAGGGGGCUCCCAGGUUACCACCCACCCACACAACUGACCAGAGUCUCUGCCGUUGCCCUCAUUUCUCCCAUGCCCCACACUGGGUCACAGGGCACUGAGCUAAAAAGAGAGUCUUCUUGUUCUUGAAGAUCUCUGGCUAGUCAAGUUUUUCAUAGUCGUAUAGUAUCUGGCUUUGUACUGAGAAAUAAAAGACAUUUUCAUAUUAA